AUGAGUGAAAUGCUAUAUUGCGAGAAUCCUGAAUGGAAAGAUGUUACGCCUAUACCCCAAGACGAUGGACCCAAUCCUCUUGUUCCUAUUGCCUAUGCCAAAGAGUAUGCUGAUGCCAUGGACUACUUUAGAGCAGUAACUCGCGCUAACGAGAAAUCCCAGCGCGUAUUGGCACUUAUCCAAGAUAUCAUCGACAUGAAUCCUGCUCAUUACACUGUAUGGAACUAUAGACAGCAAGUGUUAUUUGCUCUGAAUGCAGAUUUAGACAAGGAGUUGGAUUACAUUGAUGACAUUGCUGCUGAUCAAGCAAAAAACUAUCAAGUCUGGCAUCAUCGUCAAGUGAUUGUGGAUCGAUUAAGCAAGGGCGACAGAGAGCUGCCCUUCAUCAACUCGAUUUUAGAGGAGGAUUCCAAAAACUACCAUGGAUGGUCGUAUAGACAGUGGGUGGUGAAGCGAUUUGGCUUGUGGGACAGUGAAUUAGCAUACACAGACGACCUGCUGGUGUUUGAUGUGCGAAACAAUUCAGCUUGGAACUACCGUUAUUACAUCUUGUUCAACAACCCAAAAACGCCCUCAGAGGAAGUCAUUGCAUCCGAGAUCAAAUUCACAGAAAAGCAGAUUGUAUUGGCACCCAACAAUGCCAGCAGCUGGGCCUAUCUCAAAGCAUUGCACGAAAAGACAAACAAGCCAUUGAAUUUGAUCGAGCCCUUCUUGAAGCAGCUUGUCGACAAACAUGUCGAAUCACCCUUCUUAUUGUCCAUGUACAUUGACAUUUACGAGCAAAACGCAAAGCAGGGAAAUACAGCUGUUGAUCCAGCUGCUUUGGACAUGUGCAGGGUAUUGGCUGAGAAGAUGGACGCCAUUCGUGAAAAAUACUGGCAUUACCGGUUACAAUCAUUGCAAAAGCUGAACAUUACUGCCACUGUGCAUUAG